UCAACACCGACGUCGUCCACGCAGCUGUCAAACUUUUGCACAAAGUCAGCAAGCAACUCAGCAUCGCCAAAUUGCACCUUCAACCGAAAGACUGGACUAAUCUCCAUGGCACCUGAACUUGGUAAAGGAGAGUACGCCAAAAUCGAUGAUAAUGAAGGGAGUUAUUCGGAAUUUACCCCGCGAAAGAAGCGUACUUUCCUUCAAAGAUACAUCUUUACCAGAAUAAACACUAUCAUACUGGCAUCUCUUCUAGCUACAGGGGCAUGCGCAUUGAUCUGGGCUCGUAGCAAUCUAAGAAAUGGGCGCUGGCAUCCGCAGACAAUGGUCCCUCGAAUACCUGUCGUCCCAAAGACAUUUCACAUGACUGAUACGUACAUGAGCUAUACGGAACAUAGUAAUGAGGCUUGGGACGAUCUGGUACCAAUUCAACAUGGUCUCAUCCGGCUUGAGGAUCCUUACAGAUACGAUCUCCAGCCGGGCCACGCUGAUCCCGAAGAUCCGGACGUUGCAUGGUUUGCAAUAUCGGUGUUCCAUCAACUGCAUUGCUUAAGCGCAAUCCGCGAUACCAUACGUGCUCUGCAUACAGAUCAACCGGCAAGGAUAUGGGGAGGUUCAAACCACCUCGAGCACUGCCUUGAUUACAUUCGCCAAGGCCUAAUGUGCGCGGGAGACACCACUAUCGAGUGGCCGGCUUACGUGAAAACAGGGUUCAUGGAUGAUGGUCCGAUUACUGGUGAGGGUAUUGCGCAUCAGUGUCGUGAUUGGGAUUCAGUAAUCAAGUUUGGGAGUGAAAAUGGGGCUCUGAAGUCAACUGUUGGAUUGAACAUUAGUCGAGUUAUUGAAUAGCUUGUUGUCGGAGAUUAGGCGGAAUGUUACGUGGUGGUCGUUCACAGAAGCGG